CCAUCUUUGAUAACAACCGCCAUGGUUCUAUAAUUGAUACAUCAUGUCUGCUCUGUCUUCAUCGUCUCGCGUGAGGACGACGAUCCCUACAACGCCGACAACAUCACGAAUCGCCAGCACACAUGCCACUCAAGCCUCGCCGCACUAUUCCACCACUCGACGGCACUCUUUAUAUGGUGUAGAAGACAGAGUUAUCAUUGAUCCUGGCUCUCGGAUAUGGAAAGUAGGCUUCAGUGGGGAGGGAAGGCCUCGAGAAGUUCUUUAUGCUGGUGGAAAGUCGGGCACGGCGCUCUGGGGACUUGAGCGCGCGGUAAAUCCAGCAGACAAAGCAGAAGAGAACAAAUUGUUAUCCAUCAAUCUUGAACGGUGCCUGAGAUCCGUUUUCCAUGACUCUCUGUUAACGGAUCCAAAAGCACGAAAGGUCAUACUGGUCGAACAUCCCCUUCUCCCCCUGUACAUCAAGGACGUCAUUGCGCAGAUUUUGUUCGACAAUCUUCAGGUUCCUUCAAUUUCUUUUGCAUCAAGCCAUCUUCUUUCCCUCUUCACCGUAGGCCGUAUUACAGGAUUAGUUAUCGACUGUGGCCAUUUGGAGUCAGUAGCACUGCCGAUUUUUGCCGCCAGGCCGAUGUUCCCGCAACUUCGAACAACACCUUUAGCAGGUGCACGGUUAUCAUCGCACUUGCGUGCUCUCAUACUCCUCUUUGGAACAUAUCUACCUCCGCCCACGACUCUGAGUGCCUCCAUCAAUAUUCCUACAUCCAGUCGUGCCACCCGUGUGCCUCAAGAGGUAUUAACUAGUGCCGUCAUCGAGGAGAUAAAAACUCGAUGCUGUUUUGUAGGAGAAGCUCUAGGGAUGGCUGACGAGCUCCCGGAAGCCACUCCCGGGGGCGACCCGUCGUCAGAUAUCGACAUUCCUCUCAGCGACACCACAGAAUCCGACUUUUCUUUCACCGGCGGAAACAGCAUGUCUUCACAAGUUGAUUCAGAUUUUUCUGUUGUUUCCACUUCCCGUACACCAAUAUCGGACGACGGGCCACGCAAUGGAGAAAAUUACUUGCAAGUUCUUGCAUCAAUGUACAAACAAAAUUCCACCGCUACAGACUUGACGAUGCGCGUUGUUCCACCCGUUUCGCAACAGACCGGCACUGGGCAUGGCACUUUGGUGAUACCCGGGUGGAUUCGUGAGAGGACAGCCGAAAUUCUCUUCGAAAGAGGUGACAUGGAUGAAAGUAGCGUUGCCGAAGCUAUUUUGGAUUCCCUUUUAAAGGCAACUUCUCCCCUCUAUUUCGCUUUCUUUCAUUCUGACCAUUUACAUUUAUCUCAGGUAGCCGUUGACUUGCGAAAAACACUAGCAUCGUCUAUUCUGGUCGUGGGUGGCACGUCUAUGCUCCCAGGGUUCAUCCCAAGGCUAUACAGUGAAAUACUGCGUGCCCUUGCCCCACUACCACCAUCAACCAGACAGCCUAUUCGACCUGAUAGGCCGUUACCGCCUCAGUAUGACCGUUAUGCAGCUUUGAGACCACUGACAUCACAUUUUGCCAUUCUCAAUAACCCUUCUCCUCAAACCGCCCAGAUGUCGGCGCGAGCAAGAUCGAAUGCCGGCAAAGCACCCGCGUUCACACCUGCCACCAUGGCUUGGGUUGGCGGAUCUUUAGCUGGUUCGCUUAAGACCGGUGGGGUCGAACUAACCAGAGAAAAAUGGGAUGAGACUCGUUUGAGUGGUGAUGACGGCAUGAAUGUGGAUACUUCAAUGACCGUGGGCCGCAACGGUAUUCUUCCGGAUUGGACACGAAUACCGUUAUCACAAGGUGCCCCACCGGCGUCUUUAGUAGCCCAUGGUGCGACCCAAACAUCGCCGUCUCAAACACGAGUCGGUGCGUGA